AUGGCUCUGCAGUUAUCUAGGCGGGAGGUGGACGACCUAAGGUCAUCCCUAGACCGUGCGAUAUACAGAACUAUUGGAAAAUCUGAUAGUUCUUUGCUAUCGACCGUUUCUUCGUGUCUUUCUAGUGGCUACGAACGCCGUAAAAUAAUAGACAAGAUAUCUGCACACAUCGACUCCAAGAAAGCAAGCAAACUAGCAGACAAAGUAAUCGCUCUAGCGCAAGAACUGGUUUCCAGUUCCAAGACUCAGAAACGUAAACAUGAGUCUUCAGACCGGGACAAGGAGGUCAAGAGGUCUAGACAUGAGGAUAGGGACGAAAAGGAGGAUAAGAAAGAGGAGAAGAAGAAUGGAGCAGAGGCUGCCGUGCUGCCAGAAGGAGAGACGGUCGGGUCAAAGAUGGCUGUUUUAAGCGCUGAUAGGAUUAAGUUAAUGAUGGCAAACGCUCAAAAGGAAAUAGAAGAGAGGAAGAGAGCCCUCCUAGCUAUGAAGGGAGAGUCCAAGAGUGGAGUGAGUGCUGCCGCGGCCACCGCUCAGCAGCUGAAGGUCCAAGUACAGCAGAACAGCUCCCUGGCACCGCCCAGUGUUAUCAAACCGGUGCUGUAUUCUAAACCUGUGGGAGGUGGUCUAAGUCAUGAGGAGUUGGAGAAACAAAGAAAAAUAGCCGAACUGCAAGCCAGGAUACAGAGGAAAUUAGCUGGCGGUGCCCUGACCAGCACGGGGGGCAGUGGUCCAGCCCCUCUGAUCCUGGACCGCGAAGGUCGCACGGUGGACACCAGCGGGAAGCGAGUGCAGUUAACACAUGUUGCACCUACGUUGAAGGCGAACAUCCGCGCGAAGCGGCGCGAGGAGUUCCGCGCGCAGCUGUCUGGCGCGGGCCCGCUGCGCUUCCACGAGCCCGGCAAGUUCACGCAGAUGGGGGACCGACUGCGGAUGAAGGCGCAGCUGGAAAAGCUUCAGAACGAGAUAUCUCAGAUAGCUCGCAAGACUGGCAUCUCGUCUGCCACCAAGCUGGCACUACUGGCGGCCGACACGCCAGACUCCGACAGAGUGCCAGACAUUGAGUGGUGGGACAGUGUGAUCCUGAUGACACCAGAAGAGCGUCAGAAUCAGAACAAGCGUUCAGACACGUCGGACGAGUCAGACGACAGGACGCACUCGCAGAGGGUGGACGCGUGCCACGUCGGUGGAGAUGAUAUAGUCGACAAUCUCAACGAGCUGGCAAUCACCAACCUGGUCGAACAUCCGCAACAGUUACGGCCGCCAACCGAGCCGUUGAAGCCGACCUAUAUGCCGGUGUUUCUGACGAAGAAGGAAAGAAAGAAGCUGCGUCGACAGAGUCGCAGGGAGGCGUGGAAGGAGGAGCAGGAGAAGGUCAGACUUGGGCUGGAAGCACCGCCCGAACCCAAACUCAGGAUAUCCAACCUGAUGAGAGCUCUGGGCACGGAGGCUGUCCAGGAUCCCACUGCCAUCGAAGCGAAGGUCCGGGAGCAGAUCGCCAAGAGACAGAAGACUCAUUUGGAGGCGAACAAGGCGCGAGCUCUUACGAAAGAUCAGAAGAGAGAGAAGGUCGACAGAAAGAUCAGAGAAGACACGUCUAUGGGCGUACAUGUAGCUGUUUUUAGGGUGAAGGACCUGUUCGAGUGCGCGUCGGCCAAGUUCAAGGUGGAAGCGAACGCGGCCCAGCUGCACAUGUCGGGCACCGUGCUGCUGCACCGCGGCUGCUGCGUCGUCGUCGUCGAGGGGGGGCCCAAGCAACACGCCAAGUACAAGAGAUUGAUGCUGCACCGUAUAAAGUGGGAGGAGGACAUGGUGAAGGACGCGGAGGGUAACGAGGUCCCUAACAGUUGUAGCCUGGUAUGGGAGGGGAUUGUCAAGCAGAGGGCCUUCGGAGAUGUCAAGUUUAAGGUGAUGCCGACAGAGAAACAAGCUCGAGAGCAUUUUCAGAAACAUCGCGUAGAACAUUAUUGGGACCUUGCCUACAGUGGCGCCGUGCUGGCGCCCACUGACGAACCUUAG